AGCUUCGCACCAACUCAAACAAGCCAAACAAAUCAGGUCGCCACGCCAUGUCCGCGACAAAGCACCGCCCCGAGGAGUGGCAAACACGCCGCUCCCAAGUGACCACCACCGCACGCACCACCCGCUCCCUCUCAAACGGCAUUCGUGCAGAGGCAUUGGAGACUGCUCGGCAGACGACACAGCGCGUGCAGCGUGUUGCUCGCGACACCGAGAAUGAGCUGAACCUGCGCAUCGACUGGGUUGAGCACCGGCGCCGCGACCUCAAGCUCAGCAUCGAGGAAACUCUCGACGAAAUUGGCCUCCUCAACAACGUCAAGGAGCGUGUUGAGGAGGAGCGGGCUGCCAAAGCGGAACCCACGGACAUCAACAAGGAGUGCCAGGACCUUCGCGCGCAGCGAUAUGGGAUUGAUCUCGUUGAUGACGAAGUAGACGCAGAGCUCGAUCACGAGGCCAAGUUGCUGUCUGAUGUGGAGCGACUGCUGACAGAGGCGAUGGAGGACGCGAAGGAGCAGCUCAGGCUGCUGCGUGCUGCAAAGUACUCGCUGGAGAAGGAUCUUGAGGCGAAGGACGCGGCGGUGAGCAUCGACGCGGAGUGCCGCUCGCUCGACCGCUCCUCAAACACAAUCACACAGCAGCUCGACGGCAUCAACCUUCAAGACGAUGACGGCAUUGAUCCAAGCGACUGGGACGUGAACACGCAGCACAACCUCGACCAGGCAGAGCAGGAGCGCAUCAACGCGCGAAACCUGAGGGAAGACAUCGAGGAUCUUCUGCAGAGCGCAAGCGAUCGCCUCACCCAGCAGGCAAACAAGGUUGAGGACGCGUUCAACCGCCGCAUUGGAGAGUGCAAGGACGCCCUCGCCGACACAGAGAACAAUCUCGACAAGACGCGGCUUGAGAUUGAGUCGAUGGAGCGGCUGACGGAGGACUUGAACGCGUCCAUUGACGACAAGGUGCCGACGUUGCAGCUCGCGCAGACGCGCCGGCAGAAGCGAACACUGCGCCCCGGCCACGAGCUCGUCAAGGACCCGGCCCAGGCCACACUCAGCAGGGAGGUGCAAGAGGUUCAGGCUGCCAUGGGUGACCUGCAAGCACAGAAGGAUUCAGCGGAGAAGGCGCUUCUCUCGCUGCGUCGCACCGCCCUCGAGCUGGAGGAGGACGUCAAGUGCAAGACAAACACGCUCAAUGUCGACAACGCCUGCAUGCAGAAGCGCCAGCAAUACAAGUACAGGCUCGUUUGAUGCGCGCGCGCACGUGUGUGUGUGUGUGUGUGUGUGUGU